UCCAAAAUUAAAUAUUUCACUUCUCCGUCCACUGAGUAAACUAAUCAAACCUCUCUCUCUCUCUCUAUUUGGCGGAGAAAAAGUCGCCGAUCCGACUGUGUAAAAUGAUGAGCCAUGGUGGUGGUGGUGGCGGCGGAGGAGGAGACGCUGAACGUAUGUUAGCUCAAGCAGAGAAGCUACUCUUAAGCGGAGACUUAAACGGUUCAAAAACCUAUGCGAUCCGCGCAUGCGAAGCCGAUCACUCACUCGUAGACCACGCCGAACUAAUCCUCGCCGUCGCCGAUACUUUAAUCGCCGGAGAAUCAAGAAUCAGAGGAACAGCCUCCGAACUUCCCGACUGGUACGCCGUGCUCCGUCUCGUUCGUCUGACUCACAACCCGGAACUCGUCGCGACUCAGUACAGCAGACUCGCCGUGUUGCUUAACCCGGGUCGGAAUCGGUUCCCGUACUCUGAGAAAGCUUUUAGGUUGAUCUCUGAUGCUUGGUAUGUUCUCUCUGAUCCUUCUAGAAAGGCAUUGUAUGAUAGGGAACUCCAUCUGAGUCAAUUUGGGAACCUCGGUCAAUUAGGGUUUCAGCUUUUCAAUCAAUCCCCUCCUCCUCCUCAACAUCAAUCGCAACCGCCUCAGCAUCAUCAACAUCAAUCGCAAUCGCCUCAGCAUCAGAACCAAACGUUGUCGUUUCAGAACCAGCAGUUACCAUUUCAGCUUCAUCAACCACAUUUUGCUCAGCCUGUACAGCAACAGCAAAGGUCUCAGUUUGAUCAGCAGUUAUUGCAGGAGCAACAACAAGCAUCUUGGAGGCAACAGUUUGGUCAAGAGCAAAGUAGUGAUUGGAAAAGACCAGUAGAGGAGGAGGAAGAGAGGUUGAUUAAUUUGAACAAUGCAACUGAUAGGGUUCAGUCUAGUCGUCGUUUUGCUGAGCCGGAGCGACCGCCUAGUAGAUCUUCUUCUCAUAGGACUCCUUCCACUGAUUUGACAUGGGCUUCAUCUAAGCCUACUCCAACAUCUGACUCUGUACACCAUUCUGACUCUGUCCCGUGGCAAUCCAGUGAGCCGGCUAGGCAGUAUCAGUCAUCUAGUAGGUCUAGUGAAGCUUCUCAUCUCUCGCUGCUUCCUUCUGUUUCAGACUCACCUCAUGCAUCUCAGCCAACUCGCUCGAUUCAGUCGCAUGCAGUCUCUAAACCGCAGCCAGUUUCUAAACCACAUCCGCCAGUCCCAAUGUCUCAGCCUCCAUCGACCUCUAAGCCAUUCCCUAUGUCUCAGUCACCACAGACCUCUAAUCCGUUCCCUGUGUAUCACUCAUCACCAAAGUCUAAGCCUUUGCCGGUUUCUCAGUCAUUACAAAAGUCUACUAAGCCAUUGCCGCUCUCUCAGUCAUCACAAAACUCUAACCAGUUCCCGGUGUCUCAGUCAUCAUCAAAGUCUAUGCCAUUCCCUGUGUCUCAGCCACUACCUACCUCUAACCCAUUUCCGGUGUCUCAGCCAGCACCAAACUCUAAACCAAUCUCCAUGUCUCAACCAUUAUCGACUGCUAGACCUUUCCAAGCAUCUCAGUCACCACCGGUCUCUAAGCAAUUUCCUAUAUCUCAGCCACCUCCGGCCUCUAAGCAAUUUCCUAUAUCUCAGCCACCUCCGACCUCCAAGGCAUUCCCGGUAUCUCAGCCACCACCAGCCUCUAAGCCAUUCCCAAUAUCACAGCCACCCAAUACCUUUAAUCCAGUGCCAGUAUCUCAGCCACCCACGACCUCUAAGCCAUUUUCCAUGUCUCAGCCAGCACCAGCCUCUAAGCCGUUCCCAACAUCACAGCCACCCAAUACCUCUAAGCCAAUGCCAGUAUCUCAGCCACCAACAACCUCUAAGCCGUUGCCAGUGUCUCAGCCACCUGCAGCCUCUAGUUCUCUCUCUCCACUGCCUUCUGUCUUCGAUUCAACUCAAUCAUUCGAGCCACCUCCAGUCUCUACUACUCCCUCUCCGGUUCCAGCAGCCUCUACUAUUCCAUCUCCACCACCGCCUGCGCCAGUCUCUCAGCCAACUCGGGGUUUUAACCAAACCCAACCUACAGAACAUACUCCAAAGAGCGGGGCUGCAAGACACAAUUCCGAGCCGGAGGUUCCGAGUUUCUGGACGACUUGUCCGUACUGCUACGUGCUUUAUGAGUAUCCCGUCAUUUACGAGGAAAGCGUGCUUAAAUGCCAAACUAAGAGCUGCAGGAGAGCUUACCAAGCGGUGAAGGUUCCUUCUCCACCGCCAGUUUCCGAAGAAGAUAGCUACUAUUGCUGUUGGGGUUUCUAUCCAGUAGGAUUCUCAGAAGUUACUAAAGUCCCAGUCAGUGGUUUACAGUCUAAAAUUCCAGUCUGUGAUUUACCUAAAUCAGCACCCAAAAAACCAUCUCCAAAGGUAUAUUAUUAUGACGAUGAAGAUGUUGAUGAUGAUUCAUACAUAGAUUCGGAUCUUAGUGACGACGAUGAUGAUGAUGAUGAUUGGCUGAUGAAUGGAACAAAAAGGAAGAAAAAUGUAAAGCAAAGUAAAGCUAAAGCUUCAACCAAAACAAAACGUCGAAAAGCAAUUGAGUAAAAAAAAAUCAGGUAGGGAACAGAAAGAGAACAACUUUCAUGUAAGGCUCUCUCUCUCUCUUCUUUAUUUCUGGCUCUGUUUGUUGUACUUUUAGUUGUAGUAGCUUCUAUUUUUAUGUAGUGUAGGGUAAAAUUGCUUUGCUUCCGCAGUUUCCAUGUUCUGUUUAGGCUCUGCUGCGGUCGGAUCGGUCUUAGUGAUUCGAGGUUAAGCUUAGAAACAACGUUUGUAACUUGUAAUGAUGUUCUGGUGCCUCUUUUUGGAUUAAUGUAGUAUCAUCCUUUUUUUGGAAAGACGGUGGAGUUUCAUCA